AUGCGCAGUUCCACCGAUCGUCCAUCAGGUCUCUGCAGUACUCAUUCAGCAUCGCGACCGUGAAGUGGUGAUGUCGCGGAGGGCAGCGGCCACACUCUCUCCAGGACUAGAUUGGCGGCUCAUGUGCGAGUGAGGAGAACAGCAGGGAACGAGGUCCACCCAGUGUGUGUGUGUCUGACCCGACUCGUGCAACUCAGGAGAAGGGAUUCACUAGGUUGAAAAAGUGCGGACUGGCCGAGGUCUGCGACCAUGAAGGUCAAAGUCAUCCCGGUACUUGAAGACAACUACAUGUACCUGAUCAUUGAGGAACACACGCGGGAGGCCGUAGCUGUAGACGUGGCUGUGGCCAAGAGGCUGCUGGAGAUUGCGGGCCGCGAGGGAGUGUCUCUGACCACGGUGCUGUCCACCCAUCAUCACUGGGACCACACACGUGGAAAUGUGGAGCUGGCACACUUGCUGCCAGGAUUGGCUGUCAUGGGAGCAGAUGAGCGCAUUUGCGCUCUAACCCGAAAGCUGGAACAUGGAGAAGAGCUUCAGUUUGGGGCCAUCCACGUGCGAUGCCUCUUGACGCCGGGCCACACCUCUGGCCACAUGAGCUACUUCCUGUGGGAGGAUGAAUGCCCGGACCCACCAGCCCUUUUCUCUGGGGAUGCUCUGUCAGUGGCAGGCUGUGGUUGGCACCUGGAGGACACUGCCCAGAUGUACCAGAGCUUGACCAAGACUCUGGGUACCCUUCCACCCGAGACGAAGGUGUUCUGUGGUCAUGAGCAUACGCUGAGCAAUCUUGAGUUUGCACAGAAAGUGGAGCCCUGCAACAACCACGUGCAAGCUAAGCUGUCCUGGGCCCAGAAGAGGGACGAUGAUGAUGUUCCUACUGUGCCUUCGACGCUGGGCGAGGAGCUCAUGUACAACCCUUUCCUAAGGGUGACAGAGGAUCCAGUCCGUGCGUUCACAGGCCAGGUGGCACCAGCCCAGGUCCUGGAGACACUCUGCAGGAAGCGAGCGCACUUCCAGCUUGCUUUGGAGCCGCCACAGCCCCAGGUCCGGGCACUCCUGGCCUUACAGUGGGGGCUUCUGAGCACACACCAGGAAAAGUGAACUAUGUGGGGAACCUGCUUGUCCCCACACUGCCCCAGGGACCCCUGCCACCCUGCUUUGAAGAACCAGCAAGUGGUGUCUUCCUUGUCUCUACUGUUCAUGGAGCUGUACAAGUGGGAUCUGUAGGAGUUCUUGUGGGUCCAGAGACAUAUCUGGUGACUGAGGAGGGUGAAUAAAACUUUGAAAGGCCCAGUGUGGUACCAGACACACAGCAGAUCCUUCCAGA